AUGGAUCGUGUUCUACUAGACUGUGGGAUCGACCUCCAUGUUGCCAACCUUGUAAUUAUCCGUCUCUAUUUUGUCUUGUUCAUCCCGGCACUCCUGCUGAACACAAUGGCAGCCUGGAUCUCCUGGAACCUGAAGACCAAGUCCUCCUUCAUCGUGUACCUGAAGAACCUGGUUGCAGCCGACCUUCUCAUGACCUUCCUCACCCCUUUGAGGGCAGCUGACUGGAUCCCUGGGAUGCCAUGGGGAUUUAGAGUCAAUAUUUGUCAGUUUGGCAGUGUGUUUUUCUACCUCUGCAUGUACGUCAGCAUUGUCCUGAUGGAAGUCAUCAGCCUGGACCGCUUCUUCAAGAUCGUCCAGCCAGGUGGGAAACUGUUUGGUCAAAGCCCCUUAUUUGGGAAGGUGGUCACCAUAAAAAAGAAAAAUCAAAGCUCGGUAUUCAUCAUCCUGAUUGUGUUCCUGGUGUGUUUUGCCCCCUUCCACAUCACACGUUGGCUGUUUGUUGAGCGUCAGGUGAAAAAUGAAAUGCCCUGGGCAUCUCUGAAGGUGGCUACAGACAUCACCCUGUGGCUGGCCACCACCAAUGUCUGCCUGGACCCCCUCAUCUAUUUCUUGUUGUGCAAAGCCUUUCGAGAGAAGUUGUAUGAGCUCAAAAUAUUUAGAAAUAGGUUUUAA